AUGGUAACAAUAGUCUCAAAACUUGAUACAGCUCAUCGUCUCACUAUUCAUGAUGUUCAAAUGAAUUAUUAUGGUACUCGACUUGCUACUUGUUCCAGUGAUCAUUUGGUUAAAAUUUUCGAAUUAAAACCAUCAGGACAGACAUAUCCUUCUGCUGAGCUAAGUGGUCAUACAGGUCCUGUUUGGCAAGUAGCUUGGGCUCAUCCGAAAUUUGACAAUGUAGUAGCUUCAUGUUCAUAUGACAAGCGAGUCAUUAUUUGGAAAGAAAUAGCGGGAAAGUGGCAAAAGUUUUAUGAAUGGAAUCAUCACGAUGCAAGUGUCAAUUCAAUAAGUUGGGGACCUCAUCAGUUUGGCCUUACAUUGGCGUGCGCAUCAACUGAUACGACGUUAUCUGUGCUUACUUUCGAUAAGGAACAAAUAUGGACUCAUAAGAUUAUCGUUAAAGCUCAUGAGCAGGUUCCAGAACAUAGAAGUUUUGUUCAGUUUCUAAGAGUGCCUUCGAAAUUUCAGGGCUGUAAUGCAGUUUCAUGGGCUCCUGCUUUGUAUUCAGCUUCCCUUCUUGAAAGCACAGGUUGUGUCUUGUCCAAGCGAAUAGUAUCUGGUGGCAAUGAUAAUUUAGUUAAAAUAUGGAGGGAAAAGAAAGAAAGUGAUUGGGAACUAGAUGUUGAAUUAGAAGGGCAUAGUGACUGGGUGCGUGAUGUUGCAUGGGCUCCAGUUGCUGCAUAUAACACGAUUGCUUCAUGUGGACAAGAUAAACGAGUAAUCAUUUGGCGUUGUUCGAACAUCGAUCAACGACAUUGGAUAUCGCAGGAACUGACUGUUUGCGAUGACAUUUUGUGGCAUGUUAGCUGGUCGCUUUGUGCCACAAUUCUUGCUGUAUCCGGUGCUAAUAAUGAAGUUUCAUUGUGGAAGGAGAGUGUUAAUAAUGAAUGGAUACAGAUUUCAAAAUCAGAAGAUGACUGA